CAGAAAGUCACGGUCACCGUGACAAGUGGUGCCCUCAUUAGCCGCGGCAGAACUCGUUACGACGCGUUCAUCAUGGACAGUGCUGAAUUCCACGCUGCGCCUCAUUCUCAGGUUUAUGACACGGUUCGGCUUAUUCCACAACAAAAGGUGACGUCCUACGGUAUGCUUCACCUACUCUAUAUUUCGUUCUCCCCAGCUGCUGAAUUGAGGCGCCAACGACCAGGACACAUAGCAAAACUCAUCGGAAUGCCAAACCACUCACGUCACGUUGGUCAAGCACUCAAGUUUCUGACCCCUGGUACGAACCCACCUAUCCCAUGGCACCGGGUUGUAUCCUCUUCGGGCGCGAUUUCAUCACGUGGGCCCGGGACCAACGGUGCACAGCGCCAGAGCGACGCGCUCGAGGCGGAAGGUGUCGAAGUCACUGUGACAGCGGGCGGUCAGAUGAAGGUCGACUUCAGGGAGUGCGGGUGGUUUCCUGAGCCGGGUACAAUAUGA